CGGGAUUUUCUACAUAAAGUAUUGGAGUAUUCCGCUUCAAUAUAACAUGCUUUGCUAUGAUUCCAACUGCAAAUUAGCCAAUCUACGAGACCCUAAGCGCCGUACACGAGUCAAGACAGGUCCCAAAAUUCUGCUUAGGUCUAUCCUAAACGAGAUCUUGGCGGCUGAAACCCGCCUGCCACCCGAUCUACUACAGGGAACCACAACCCUCGCCGCGUGGCAUCUCCGUCACCGAGAUUUAGAUUGAGGAUAGCGAGUCCCCAGCGCUUUUGAACUGAGGCUCCAAACCCCACGUUUCCUCGGCACUUACGCACAUGCCUUAUCUGGUCUGCUGUUCUUUUGAGUAAUGUAUUAAUUUCUUAACUAUAUCAACAUUUGAUCAUGAUUUGGUUGUGCAGUCUUCUCCUUCUCCGAGCGAUAGUACACAACGAUGUCUCCGCGCAAUUCGUCUCGCCGCCCGACGGCUUCACCGAGACGACGGGCUACGCUGGUGUUCCGGUGCGGUACAAGGAGGUCCCAGCCGGCAUUUGCGAGCUGGAUCCGGAGGUGAAGAGUUUUUCGGGAUACGCCGAUGUAGGGGAGGAUCAACACAUAUUCUGGUGGUUUUUUGAGGCGCGGAACGAGGAGCCUUCAGAGGCGCCGUUGACAGUGUGGAUAAAUGGCGGCCCAGGCUCCAGUUCCAUGAUCGGCCUAUUCCAAGAACUGGGACCUUGCGGCAUAGACUACUACGGUCGUGUCUACAACAACCCGUACUCGUGGACCAACGCCAGCAACAUGCUCUUCAUUGACCAGCCGAGCCAAGUAGGGUUCUCUUACACCAAGCCAGUUCCGGGCUAUAGGCUGAAUGACGACAUUAUAGAGCUUCCGGACAGUCACUGUCCCGACUUUGUCUCCGAACGCUCGUCAUGUGGGACUUAUUCAUAUCCCAACUUGACGCUCACGGCCAACUCGACGCUGAACGCCGCGCCCAACUUCUGGAAGACAUUGCAGGGAUUUAUGGGUGCAUUCCCGCAGUACUCGAGAAACGGAUUUAACCUUGCGACUGAGAGUUAUGGUGGACACUACGGCCCUGUGUUCAGCGCCUACAUCGAGCGCCAGAAUGCUCUCGAUAUUCCAGGAACAAAACAAAUCAAGCUCGAGACAUUACUUGUCGGCAAUGGCUGGUUCGACCCCAUCGUUCACUACCAAGCCUUCUACAACUUCACCGUCUCCCCUGGAAACACCUACGACUACCGCCCCUUCACCCCGGCCCAAGAAGCCCUCCUCUACACCAACCUCUACGGCCCAGGCCACUGCCUCGACCAGCUCAAAGACUGCAAGCUUAGCGGUCUUGACGCCAUCUGCUCCCAAGCUGACAGCUUCUGCGCCAACCAGGUCGAGGAUCUCUACACCAACUUCCUUGGCCGAGACCCCUACGACGUGCGCGAACUGACCCCGGACCCGUUUCCGUAUUCGUUCUAUAUCGACUAUCUUAACACGGCCGAAGUGCAGGCGGCCAUUGGUGCGUACACCAAUUUCUCUAGCAACGACGCCGCGUGGGCUGCCUUCCAGAACACGGGCGAUGAUGCGCGGGACGUAGAUACCGUAGAAGACAUCCGGUACUUGCUUUCGCACAAUGCCACGGUGGCUAUCUAUGCUGGUGAUGCGGAUUUCAACUGCAAUUGGCUGGGCGGCGAAGCUGUUGCCGAAGAGAUCCUGGCUGCUGGGUUCGAAUCGGCCGGAUACACGGACUUGCUCACGAGCGAUGGCCUGGUGCACGGGCAGGUCAAGCAAGCGGGCAGGUUCAGUUUCACACGGAUUUAUGAGAGUGGGCACAUGGUACCGUUCUACAAGCCCCUUGCGGCGCUCGAGUUGUUUGGCCGCGCCAUUAGGGGAUUGGAUCUCGAAACGGGGAAGGAGGAAGUCAUGGGAGAUGGCUAUUUGACGAAAGGUUCGGAGAGGAGUACGUAUCGCGAGGGCAAUGCGACGAUGCAAUGGAAAGUGGUGCCGGAGAACGCGACGUAUGAUGCGGAUAAGAAUAGACCGGGUGAGGCGUGGGAGAAGCCGAAAUUCGAUAGGCCCACGCAGGAGAUUCUGUAUAGGCCGUAUCCUUAUCAGAAGUGGGGCUAAUGAGUG